GAAAAAUCAAGCGAUACACGGCUUCAGGAGCUUGAGGAGCAAAUCAAGGCACAGCACAGACAAAUGGCAAAGGCGCAAGCAGUGCAACGAAAAAUUCGUAUGUUAACGAAAAGUAAUGAAAGACUAGAAAAAAAAAUCGCCGAAUGGAAGAAGAAGUUAGCAGGACUGACGAAACAUUGUAUUAAAGUGCAUCAAGAAGCGUAUGCAAACGCGACGAACGAGCUCAGUGAGUGCAAGAAGAAUUCUGAAAGAAUAGUGAGCAGAUAUAAUGAGAUGAAAAAAAAGAAUGAAGACGUGGCCUCGGACGAACUCAUUCUGCUGAAUGAGAAAGUUAAAAAGUGGGAAAAUUUAACCGUGGAUUGCGCAGCAAAUUACCAGAAUUGGCUGCGAAGUUACAAGGAGUGCAUGGAGGACAGAAAUAAGUCGAUAUCACUGGGCGAAAAUUGCCCAAAAGACUCUGAAAUAUCGGCAAAGGAGCAGGAAACGUGGAAAAGCAAACUCGAUAAGGUCAGAGAGGAAAAAGACCGGUGCGAAAAUGAAUACGAUGAAGCGAAGAAGACCAGAGACAAGUAUAAGGAGGUAAGACAAGAAACACGAGAUAAGAGUCGCCGCCUUUGA